AUGGGGGCGCCACGCAGGAUUACCAAGUACGUGCCGCCAGCCCUCCUGCUGGCGGUUCUGCUGGGCCUUUGCCGCAUGGCAGCGCCGCAGCUCGCCUGCCCGAUCGAAGAGCCGGAAGCCCCACCUCCAGCCCCGGACAACGAUCCGACCGCGCUGAUCGCCGGGGGCACCCCCGCGGUGCCCUGCCGGUACUCUUACAUGGCCUCCCUGGCCAUCGAAAUGUUCGGCCUGAAUCACAUCUGCGGCGGCACGCUGGUGCACGAGUCCUGGAUCCUCACCGCGGCCAGCUGCGUGGACCCGCAGUUCACGGCGCGGGAUGUCUCCAACCCGAUGGCGCUGCUCAACGGCCUGGAAUGGAGCAAGCCCGAAACUUUCCGGGAGAACAUUGCGACAGUUGCAGAGGAGCUCCAAGUCCACCCCUCAUACAAGGGGGACCCCGAUAGUGGGUACAACGUGGCAUUGCUGAAGCUUGAGGUUCCAUCGAAUCAAACCCCUGUUGCACUGAUUGCACCUGGUGAGGACCUGCAAGCGGAUGAGCUGGUUGCGAUGGCGGGUUGGGGGCGGUCUGCAGGUACCGGCGCGUUUUCAGCCACGCUGCUGGAGGCAACGGACAUUCAACUGGUGGAUCCAGAUGCUUGCACUGGGUUUGGUGUUGAAGACAACACCAAGGUGUUUUGCACAGGCUUUGGGGACAAGUCUUCUUGCAAAGGCGACGAAGGCGGACCAGUCCUGAGACGUGGCGAAAACGCAUCUGAAGACGUGCAAGUUGGUGUGGUGACGACUCAGCUGAUAAAUGGGGUGGCCAGCUGUGGUCUAUUUGGGAGGCCAGCAAAGUUCACAGGCCUAUCACAUCUAAUUGAAUGGAUAGGUGAAACAGUGAACGGAACCACAUGA